AUGGUGAGUGUGACACGGUACUACGUCAGGCCUGUGAAAUCCCAGUUUGAAGCUCUGGCACCUCCAUUUGAAGGCAGCAGUGAUCCCGAGGGCUGGAGGGCUACAAAACCCAGGAGAAGUUUAAGAGACUCUGUCGAUGAUGUGCUUGGUGACCUCCUGGGAUAUGAUGAUGAAACCGCUGUUAAAUCUGCCAGAGCUUCCCUGCCGGCCACGGGCAGCAGUAGGAGAGCCCAGGGCACCAGCUCGCAGGCCAGCAAGAAGUCCUUUCUGGAGGAUGACUUCUUCAGCAAACUCCCUGCGGAGGACGUUGAAGCUGCAGAGGGAUCCAGUGCCUCUGAUGGAGACCCGCAAGCUCUGCUGCAGACCCUGAAGGACAUGGAUGACAUGGAGGCUGAUCUCCUGGGAAUACCGAAACCCAGUUCUGGGCCAGGGAAGACAACUGUGAAAGGUCCUGGGAAAUGUGACUCCUUGGGAGGAGCAGUAAAAACUGCAGGGAAGCUGCUAGCUCCUGAGAAGGGAGAGUCUGUACCUGCGAUGGAAAAGAAGGCACUUUCUUCCCCCCGUGCUCCCCGACAGUACAAGAAAUUUAACUUUGAAGAUUUAGAUGAUCCUUUAGCAGGGCUUUUAUCUGAUGAGGAGCAGGAUGCUCCCAAGAAGCCAGCUCCAGCAGGCACUAAAAGCAGCUCUGAGAAAAAAGCAGAAUGGAGCAAAGAGAAAGAGCCACCCCCACCCCAGACGCCCCUGCACACCGUGGCCCCGCUCCGAAGGAGGGAGGAGCUCAGGUUUGAAGACGAUGGUGAUGACCUGAUGGAUGCACUGGGAUUUGGUGAUGACCCGAAAGGAGAUGAGAAGCCAGGAAAGAAGGCAGAAGAAGAGGAGCUCCGGCCAGCCCGCUCCAAGCUUGACGAGUUGCUGGGACGAGGCUCUGUAAUGAAAUCCCUGGAACAGCCAGGAGUGGGAGAGCGCACAGAGUUCAAACUGGAUAAGAAGCACCAGAAACAACCAGAGAAGGAAGAGAGUCGGGAUGAGGAGGAUUUUGUGUUUGGAGCGUACCAGCCCACAGUGGCCUCCACGCCCGAGGGCCGGCCGUCGAGAAGGCAGUCGGUGAGGUUUUCAGCCGAGAACAGCAAUGAACCAAAACCAGACCCACGCUCCAAACCUCUUCCUCCAGCCAACCAGAGCCUCGUGCGGGGCAGCAGGGCUGGAGGUGACUGGCUGGGUUUGAAAGAUAAGUUUUCAGCCGAGAACAGCAAUGAACCAAAACCAGACCCACGCUCCAAACCUCUUCCUCCAGCCAACCAGAGCCUCGUGCGGGGCAGCAGGGCUGGAGUGGAGGAGGAGGAGAACUGGCUGAGCGCUGCCUUGUCUCGCAAGAAAGCCCAAGCACAGGCAAAGGCCCACGAGAGAAGUGCCAAGCCCUCAGAGGCCCCACGUGAAGGGCUGGAUCCCUGCUCUCCCGUCAGCCAGCCAGCCGCCUCCACAGGGACACCGCAGCAGGCAGCUGCCCUGCAGGACAAGGCAGCGAGCGCGGAUGGCUCCAGGCAGCCGGUCCCCUGGCUCAGCACCGCGAAACAAGGCUCAGCUCACCCGUCGGAGGCUGCCAAGGGCGAUUCCUCCAGAGAUGCCAGCGCCCUGGUCCCCACGGCCUCAUUCCCAGGAGAGCAGGAGACGCAGGGCCCUGCCCCGCUCGCUCAGGUUGCCACACCCGGAGUACAUCUCCAGGCUGCCUCACAGCUGCAGGCAGAGUCCCCAGCCCUAGCUUUGCUGCAUGACAGGAGGCUGGGGGCUCCCGCAGCCCCACUCUAUGAGGAUGUGACAGGCUGUCGGGCAGCACUGCUCAGUGCCCAGGCCCGUGUGGCAGAGCUGGAGAGCCAGGUCCGGACGCUGGAGCUGGAGCGGACGCAGCACAAACGGCUGCUGGAGAGUCUCCAGCAGCAGCACCAGGAGGACCUGGCUCUCCUUGAGACCGCCCACAGGAGCCGGGUGAGGGUGGUGGAGGAGACCUACGGGCAGCGGGAGGAGCGGCUGCGGCGGGAGACGGAGCAGCUGGCAGCUCAGCUGCUGUCGCAGAGCCAGGACGCGGAGCAGGCGCGGGCAGAGCUGCGGGCACAGCACCAGCAGCACCUGGCCGCGCUGGAGCAGCAGAAGCUGGAGCGGCUGCGAGAGCUGCAGAGGGCGUCUGUCCAGGAGAUGCGCAAAGACCACGAAGAGCAGCUCCAGCGGCUGAAGCGGCUGAAAGACCAGGAGAUUGAUGCAGUGACCAGCGCCACGUCACACACCAGGUCUCUGAAUGGCAUCAUCGAGCAGAUGGAGAAGUUCUCCAGCGACCUGCACGACCUCUCGCACAAGGUAGAAGCCAGGCACCACACUACCUCCCAGGAGCUGGCCAUGGGCGCACGGCAGCAGGACAAGCAGCUCAAGGUGCUCCAGGACAGGCUGUCGCAGCAGCAGAGGGACAUGGAGGAGGAGCGGAGUCGACUCCAGGAGGUGAUUGCCAAAAUGGAGGCCAGGCUGUGCGAGCAGACUCGGCUGCUGGAGCAGGAGCGAUGGAGGGCAACAGCAGAGCAGUCUAAAGUGGAAUCACUGCAGCACUCGCUGGAGGAGCAGCGGCGAGUCAUGACCCAGCAGCUCUCCAUGGAGCGAGCAGAGCUGGAGAGGGCGAAGAGCGCUUUGCUGGAGGAGCAGAAGUCGGUGAUGCGGAAGUGCUCAGAGGAGCGGCAGAAGCUGGCGGCCGAGUGGGCUGAAUUUCACACCCAGCAGCAGCUGAGCAAAGAGCGGAUGGAGCGUGACAUGGACCGAGCCCUGCAGAUGGACUCCAAGAGGGAGGGCACCAUCAUGAGCCUGGCCAAGGAGCAGGCAGAGCUGAAGAUCUGGGACCGUGAGCUGAAAGCCAAGGAGGAGCAGCUGGCAAGGGACAGGGAGCUGCUGGACAAGGCCUGGCAGGAGCUGAGGAUGGAGAAGGCGGUGAACAGGGCUGCACUGCGCGUCCAGCAGCGGGAGGAGGAGAUUAAAAGCUUGACCAAGCUCUCGUCCCAGAAGUACGAGGAAGGGGACCGAGCCCUGCAGGAGGCGUGCCGGGUGGAGUCUGAGCACCAGACCAGGCUGCAGGUCCUGCAGCAGCACCUGGAGCAGCUGAAGCAGCAGGAACAGCGUCUGCACCAGGAGUGGCUGAGCAUGGCUCACCAGAGGAGACAGCUCCAACAGCUACGUGAGGAGCUGCCCAGCAACCCCGUGAUGCUGCUGACCGCAGACCAGGACCUCCGUGCCCCUACGAAAGGCCUCUCCAGUGCGCUGUGCUUUCCACCUCCCAUCAGGGUGCUCCCUCAGCACAGCCUGGGGGGUAGCAGGGAAACCCUGGCCAUGGCCGGUCCCUCCGAGCUCUACGCCAAGCUGCUGCUGCUGAAGCACAGGGCUCAGCAGGACCACGAUUUCUUAGAGGAGGAGCAGUUCUUCCUGGAGACCCUGAAGAAAGCGUCCUACACCACCUCAUCUCUGUCAGACUGA